ACAGGAUGACACGCAAGUUUGAUGCUUGGCACAACAGCAUAAAAUUUCAGAAGCAGUGAUUUUGGCAGACAAAGCGCAUUAUGAACAUAUCUUGGGAGUAUGACUACAAUGAAACCUGCGAUGACAAUCUGGGUCCAGAACUGCCUGAUGGAUCCAGGGUCUUGCUGGUUCUUUACUACAUGCUGUUUUGUCUAAGUCUGCUGGGAAACUCCACAGUACUCUGGGUUCUCCUCCGGUACAUAAAGCUGAAGACUAUGACGGACGUUUGCCUCCUCAACCUGGCCCUGUCUGACCUCAUACUGGCUAUAACCCUGCCCCUCUGGGCCUACAAUUACCCAAACCUUGCAUCAUGCAAACUGAUGACAGGAGUCUAUCAGUUGGGUUUCUACAGCGGAACUUUGUUUGUGACCCUAAUGAGUGUGGACCGCUACCUGGCCAUCGUCCACGCCAUUGCAGCCAUGCGAGCCCGGACACUUCGCUAUGGAAUCACAGCCAGCAUCACUAUCUGGGUUGUUUCUGUCAUCAUGGCGCUCCCUGGGAUGAUAUUUGCUUCUUUGGAGAUAGAUGAAGAUGACAACAGCACCCAGUGCCAGCCACUGUACCCAGAGGACAGGCAGAGCUUUUGGAAGUUACUGCGAAACUUCAGCGAGAACACAGUGGGCCUCUUCGUGUGCCUCCCCAUCAUGGUUUUCUGCUAUGUGAAAAUCCUUGUCGUGCUGUCCAGGUCCAGGUCCAGGAACACCAAAAAGGACAGAGCUGUGAAGCUAAUAUUCAUCAUAGUGUGUGUGUUUGUGGUGUGCUGGGUCCCCUACAAUGUCACCAUUUUCCUACAGACACUGCAGCUGUUCCUGGACAGCCUGGACACCUGCAAGGCUUCACAAACCAUCAACUCUGCCAUGGGCUUUGCCGAGAUCAUUGCUCUGUCUCACUGCUGUGUGAAUCCAGUCAUCUAUGCAUUUGUAGGGGAGAAGUUUAGGAAGUCACUGGGCAAGGUGCUGACUAAAUACCUUUGCUGGGGUCACCAGAGCAGAAGGACUCUCAGCCACAGAGACACCACAGAGAAAGAGACUUCCAACACACCUGUAAAAUCAGAUUAUUAAUAAUGAUAAUCACACAUUGCUAUAAAGACGGAGCAGUGUGUGCGUGUGGUGUUGUGAAUGUGGCUGGAGCUCAGAGCUGUAAAAUGGUAUUACAUUCUUUGUUUGGGCCGAUGUUAAUGCAUGUAUGAGGAUUACAGAGUUGGAGUUGCAGAUCCAUAAUCCGUCAGCACCAAAGUGUGCAAGCGUGUGAUUAGUGGUUAGAAAUUGUAUCAUUAGCACAAUAUUUCAAUGUCCAAAUGAAUAUUUAGGUCAUUUUAUUAUUAUUUCUAUGCAUUUUGCAGACGGAUAUAUGGCUUUUACUCGUCACUGAGAUUAUUAACAGUAAGAACAAGGGGAUCUUUUAUUUUGAAAGUGUAUAGAAUUUUAUGAAAAAAAAAAUUCUACAAAUCAUGUAAAUCCAGAUAUA